UAGAAGAUUAUGUUAUGGAAGAGUAAUAACUAGAAACUCUCUAUGCAGUACCCCCAUCAAUGGGAGGAGGAACCAUCAUGACUACCAUUACCAGUCAUCGUGUGCCUCAGUUUAGGAACACCCUCAACAACUUCUCUUCUCCUUCUCCUUCUUCUUCUGCUCCCAAGCUUAACCCUGCACUUUCAACUACAAACACUUUAUCUUGCACUUGCAGCGUCUCUCACACUCAACUUUGCACCAACCAGCCAGCUCCAUCUCAACGUGAAGUUGAAGAUGCUGUAUCAUCUCUUCAAGAAUUUAUGCAAGCAUUUCAACAGAUCUCAGGCUUUUAUGAUUCGAGGGGAGUGAUGUCUCAUGGAUAUAAAAGACUAUAUGAUGCUUUUCAGUUGCUGCAAGCUGAUCCCACUAUUAAGAGAUUAGUGGUAUCAUUAUCAUCUGAUAAGGCUCUUUGGGAUGCUGUCAUGAGCAAUGUCCGGCAUCAAAAAAAGCUCCUAGAGUUGCCUGAUUCAGUUGAUUGCAGGAGACCUCAGAUUUUUGAACUAAAUGAAUUUGGCAUACAAAUACUUAGCUGGACAUUGGAUAUCAUAAAGGGAAAAAUAUUGGAACUAAUAGAAAGUUUCCAAUCACUUGUGAAUGAUUUAUUUCAAUCCCCUAAGAUGGGGAAUGCCACAACAAUUGCAACAGAGAGGGAUGAAAAAGUUAGGUCAUCUUUCCUUCUCUCCAUACUAAUCCUCUUGAUUAUAAUAGUGGCUCGAUCUCAAAGGUUUUAGUUCAUGGAGUGUAGAUAUAGCAAGAGUACUCCAUUGUAUAUUUAUAAUUAUAUAUGAUUCAUGUUCAAACUAUGAGUCAUUUAUGUAACUUUUAUUUUUGUACUAGAAAGAUAAUUGGAUAAGCUAUGUUAGCUCUUUCAUCAUUACAAAAUUAUCAUAUUUGAAAUAUUUUAUAUCAGCUCCUACUUCUAA